CUUCAUUUCUCUUUCCUCUACAAGUUUUUAGGUGUGGUCAGAAUGAAAAGUAAAAAGGGGGGGAAACACAAACUCCGUUGAUGACCAUUUUGUCCUUCAGCUGAUGAAUAUAAGAUUGUUAGAUGACAGCCCAACCUGACGAUUACUUCUCCAGACCCGCACUGACGAACUGGACACCAUGAAGAGCACUAUUAGGUGCAUUUGGGUUUUAUUCGCUGUGGCCUGCACUCGAGCUAGAAAUGUUAAUUAUCCAUCCAGUCUACCCGAUAUUUCGUCACCUUCGUUGCCCAGUCGACAGUGGAUCACACAGGACAAAAUUGGCCAGGCCAGUUUCGGCUAUUCUUACCCUGGCCAGGCUGCCAGCAACGUUCUUGAUUCUGCUGGCAACAUGGCCGGUUCUUGGGCUUAUGUCAAUCCAGAAGGAAAAGUGGUCAACGUCUCCUACGUCGCCGAUGAACGAGGUUUUCGCGUCUCCUCGAAUGUUUUGCCAGCAGCAGUCGCUCCUGUGCUGGCCGAUUUGGCAGUAGGAGCA